GUUGAUUGGAAAAACUUUAUUGAAAUGGAAACCCCCGCGGCAGUUCAACGUUAUCGCAAUAGUUUUUCCAUAGAAAACAUUUUAUCAAAACCUGUAACAAAUCCCAGUAUCAGCAAUUUGAAAUUGAAAUAUGAUUUAAGUGAAAGAAAUUUGCAUUUAAAUGGCGUCAACAAAAACAAACUAAAUCAUGAAGCCUUAGUAAGCGAAGGCGCUAUGGUCAAUGAAUUGAGACCUUCAAGUCCCGAAUCUAGUUUUACCGAGGAUAACAUCGAUGAUUCAAAAAGUGAUAUAACCUCCGAUGAUGACCAUGGUUCGAAUGAUGAUCGCAAGAAACGGCCACGUACAGCCUUUUCCGCCUCACAAAUCAAAGCAUUAGAAACAGAAUUCGAGAGAGGGAAAUAUUUAUCGGUGGCCAAGAGGACAGCGCUGGCCAAACAAUUGCAUUUGACGGAGACACAGAUUAAAAUUUGGUUUCAAAAUCGCCGCACCAAAUGGAAGCGAAAAUACACAGCCGAUGUGGAGACUUUGGCCUCCCACUACUAUGCCCAACUGGGUAUUGGCGGUUUAGCCAGACCCAUGGUAGUCGGGGACCGUCUAUGGCUAUUUAGUCAAACACCAGCAGGUCCAGCUCCCUUGCAAUCGAUUAUGCUAAACGGUGGACCUUCAGGGAAUAUACCACCCUCAAACAUUUCCCCUUUGGCCGCCAGUCAAUUGAGAGCAUAUCCUACCUCAAAUCUAAUUCAAGCCGUUCCUAGUCCUAAUGUCAUUGAAAGUGCACGCAACGCCAUUCUGGCCCGAGGCCAACCUUUAAAUUACACUUUGACACCUUAUCUAACGCAAAGAUCGGGGGCUAACACAAACUCCAUAAACCCUGCCUCUAGAUACAUGGACUAUUCGACCUCAUCGAGUCUAUAUCAAAACUCACCUGCCGCCAAUGAUGCUUAUCUGCAACUGAAGUACAAUGUUUUGAAUACUCUGCAGGGACCGGAAACGGAUGCGGCACCCAGCUCGAAUGGUUUGGCCGAAUUGGAACGAGUAUUCGGUGAUACAAAUACCAACUUUUUGGAGCAUAAGCCAGGCGGUUCAGCCGCUGGAGGUGACAAGCUAAAUGGAAAAAACUCCGAUUUUGGUUACAAUAGUCUGGCAUUGACGCAACGCAAUGUCAAAUCGUCAUCGGCCAAUGACAGUGAUUCCGAAUGCAGUGAAAUCGAUUGUGAACAAAUUGACGAAGAAUAA